AUGGAGUCGCUGAUGUUGCCGCUGCCGUUGCUGUUGAUGUUGUUGCUGGUAUUGCCGCUGGGCACUCACUUAACUGAAGCGGAGGCCGCUGUCCGGGAAGGUGGCUGGAUAACCGCAGCUGUUGACAAGGAAGUGGCGCCAGUUGGUGAUGUAAAAACGGAUUUGCUGUCAUUGGAGCAGGAAAUUGGCGGCUCCAUGGAGUCACAGCUGAGCACAGCGGGAGUGGUUGGGGAGCAGAAUGGAAAGCGUCGAGCUGCGCGUGGUCUUUGGUUUAGCGGCGGUCUCACUGGCUAUCCCUUUGGCAAUUGGGGAAGUGGUUAUGCUUGGUCAUAUCCCGGUUAUGGAUAUUAUGGUGGAUUGCCAUACAAUGGCAAUGGCAAUGGCUAUGGCUUGGGCUAUGGUUAUGGUGGCAUUGGCUAUUAUCCCAGUUACUUGGGUUAUCAGAAAAUAAUCUUGGGUUGA